ACUCACACAAUAUUAAUUAUUCACAAGUAUCUACAACUUCUCAUUUAAAUUACAAUACUAAAAAAUAAUCAUGUCUAUGAUUAAUGAAAAUAACCAUCCAAAAAUAGUAUCUAAAAUAGCCAUAAUAGGAGGUGGAGUUAGUGGUAUAGCAAUUGCAAAACAACUAUCACACCACAAUCCUAUUGUUUUUGAAGCCACCAAUUCCAUUGGUGGGGUGUGGAAGCAUUGCACUUACAAUUCAACAAAACUUCAAUCUCAUCGUAGAGAUUAUGAAUUCACUGAUUUUCCUUGGCCUAAUAGAGAUAAUCCUGAUUUUCCUACCCAUGUUGAAGUGUUGGAUUAUUUACGUUCAUAUGCCAAACACUUUGAUGUGAUCAAGAAUAUUAGGUUUAACUCUAAGGUGGUGGAACUCAGGUUUAAUGGUAGUAAUCCCCACAAGUUUGGAGGAGUAGGACUACCUCAUGAUCUUGACUAUGGAAAUUUACUUUCCGGAGAGUCUAUGUGGGAUGUCGCAGUGCAAACUAAUGACUCCGAUAAUAUUCAGUGGUACAGCUUCGAGUUUGUGGUUCUUUGCUUAGGCAAAAAUGGGGACAUACCAAAGAUUCCAAUGUUUCCACGCAAAAAAGGCCUUGAGGUAUUCAAAGGGAAGGUCAUGCAUUCACUUGAUUACUCUAAACUUGAUCAAGAUGAUGCUAAUCAACUUCUCAAGAAUAAAAAGGUUGUGGUAGUUGGUUUCAAAAAAUCUGGUAUUGAUUUAGCAUUGGAGUGUGCACAGGCAAACCAAGGAAUUGAAGGAAAAGCAUGUACCAUGGUGAUAAGGACUUUGCAUUGGACAGUUCCACAUUACUGGAUAUGGGGGUUGCCAUUUUUCUUGUUCUACUCAACAAGAUUUGCUCAGUUAUUCCAUGAAAGACCAAAUCAAGGACUACUAAGAGCUCUUCUCUGCUACAUAUUUUCUCCGAUGAGACUUGGCAUUUCAAAGUUCAUUGAAUCCUAUCUUCUAUGGAAACUUCCUUUGGAGAAGUAUGGUUUAAAACCGGAACACCCUUUUGUGGAAGAUUAUGCAGCAUGUCAAAUGGCUAUCAUGCCAGAAAAUUUCUUCAAUGAGGUGGAAAAAGGCAAGAUUCUCUUUAAAAAAACAUCAAAGUGGUGGUUCUGCAAUGAAGGAAUCGAAUUUGAAGAUAACACUAAGGUGGAAGCUGAUCUAGUGAUCCUUGCAACUGGUUUUGAAGGAAAGAAAAAGGUCAAAACCAUUUUACCAGAACCUUUUUGUAGCUUGUUGGAGUGCCCUUCAGGUCUUAUGCCUUUAUACAGGGGAACUAUCCAUCCAUUGAUUCCAAACAUGGCUUUUGUGGGAUACGUUGAGAGUGUUUCAAAUCUUCACUCCUCGGAGAUACGCUCGAUAUGGCUUGCAGGACUUGUUGAUGAGAAAUUCAAGCUUCCUACCAUUGAGAGCAUGCUUUCACAAACCCUUAAGGAGAUAGAAGUAAUGAAAAGGUCUACAAGGUUCUAUAAGAGGCAUUGCAUUUCAACAUAUAGCAUCAACCAUAGUGAUGAAAUAUGUAAUGAUCUUGGAUGGAGUUCAUGGAGGAAGAAGAACUGGAUAUCCGAAGCUUUCGGACCCUACAGUAGUCAAGACUAUGAGAAGAAAGAUUGAAUACAUAUUUUAUAACCAUUCUAGUAACCACAACAUAUAUAUAAUAGUAAAAUUAUAAGAAAAAUAAUUGCAUUUUCUCCCCUUAAAAAUGAGAGGGGAAACACUAGUGAUAGGUUUUAUUUUCAAAAUGGUUAUAGCUAAAUUCCUUCCAUACACGUAAGAGUGAUGUUUCUGAAAUGUACUCGUGACUCUUUCAAAGUUUAUUUAUUGCAAUGUUGCUCAAAUAAAUCAUACAAAUUCCAGAACCUUGUU